GUUGGGCUGUUUUGGAAGAAUUACUUAUACUUGAAGUUAGUCGCAGGGUAUUGAUUUCUUAGGAAGUAAACAAAGUACUGUACCUUAUUUAUGUCCGUGUACCUUGCAUCAACCUCAUAAUUUAUUUUUCUCAGCAGAGGUCAAACCUGCAGUCUUAUGAAUCUCAGCACUAAGCACCGCAGACAACCAAGACGUCAUCCUUUAUAAAUGCUAUUAAUAUCCCAUUAAACCAUUACCUGGUAUUGGUAUCUGCAUCAGAAUAGAUCUGGAUUCUUAGAAGGGGAAUUGGAGUUAAAUGAGGCAGACCACAUCUAACUGUACCACAGUAUCUCUGAGGAUCUCAGUAAUGGGAGCGUCGUCCUCUGCUGCUCUGACAGGCUGUUUCUGGGUCAGUCCUCAGCCCUGAGAGAGGCCCGAUCCACAGCAUCACACACAGAGAGAGAGAGAGAGGGAGAGGGAGGUAUUUUUAGAAAAAUGGGGCUUCACUGUACCUUUUUCUUGCAAAAGAAUCAUUAAAAGACCCAGCUAGCUUGUCCCAGAUUUUUGCUCAGUGGGUUUAGACUGGACCAACUGAGUGGAGAUGUAGAGGCACGGCUGCGGAGAGCUUGACAGCGCUCUCUUGAUUCGGACUGGACUGAUAUCUGGACUGGGUCCUUGAUGGAGGAUGAACCUGCUCUGAGCGAUUCUUGCUUUUUGAUGAUAAUGGAUUGAGGAGGUGCUGACCUGAGGUGAACUCUAAGAGAUCUACUCCAGUAUCCGGCCAGAAGACCCAGAAACCAUGAUGAGAAGAUUUCUGAAGAGCCAGAAGGGCCGUUUCUCCCUUCGCCAGAGCCGAUCGGGGUCCCGGAGUGCCUCUAAAGACUUCUACCCAAACCCCAGCGUGCUGAGAGAUUUCCCACUGACUAUUGGGGAACUGGCACUUCCAGCAAAUAACCAGGGCUGGCCGGAGGAGUUUGGCUUUAAGCUGGGUGGUGAUGGACCGAGUUACAUCUUGUCUGUGGUGGAGGGCAGCAGCGCUUACAUGGCCGGACUGCAGCCGGGAGAUCAGGUGCUGGAGCUGGAUGGCCAGAACGUCUCGUCUCUCAGCACUAAAGCUCUCGUUGCUCUGGCUCAGACCCUCAAGACUGUGCCGCCCAGCAUCGGAGUCGUGUCUAGAAUAGAACAGAUGGACAUUGCCCCUGGGCCCGAUGGCCGUUUUGGCUUUACCAUAGUGGGUGACAGUCCUCUGCUGGUGGAGGACUGCAUCCUCAACUGUCCAGCAGGCCGCAGUGGACUGCGAGCAGGAGACUAUGUGUUGGAGGUGAAUGGGAUACCAGUGAAGCAGCACGAGACGGCGGCGGCCAUGAUCAAGGCCUCUCAGGGACGGACUCUGCGUCUGGGUGUUCUGCGCAUAAACCGCUGGCAGAAACGCACCAGCAGCAGCAUGAAGGAGACCUAUCACAGCGGAGAGGUCGUCAGGCAGGACCGCAAACACAAAGCUCUGGAGUUCAACAAGAAGGUUGAGGAGAUUUUGGGGGAGGAGCCUGAGGUGAAAGAGAGGCUAUUUGAUUUGCUGAAGCAGUAUGCAAAUGAGAGGGAUGUUGAAGGACUGGCGUCGACACUUCCAGAAAUACUGCUCACAGAAGAGCAUCAGCAACUAAUUGACAACAUCAGGAUCUUCAUCCCUAAGAAGCACAGGCAGCGCUUUGAUGAGAUGGUCUCUCAGAGUCUGAUCAGUCGAUUGAGGGGCCGAAGCUUCAGCGAGCACAGGAACAAUCGGCUACGACGCAGCCGGAGCGAAGACCACCCUGAACGGCUGCUGUCUGUGUCCACUAGAGCCAGCUCUGUGCCCAGGACCGCCAACGACGAAGUGGUCAUGCCUCCUGCCCGCGGCCUCCGCAAAACCACCUCGCUCAUCGCGGGCCAUUCCAGCUCCUUCUCCACUCGCAGGACAGUACGUGUAUACAAAGGCAACCAGAGUUUUGGGUUUACCCUACGUGGCCAUGCUCCAGUCUGGAUCGACUCCGUGAUACCAGGCAGCCCUGCUGAGAAGGCGGGUCUCAAACCUGGAGAUCGCAUCCUGUUUCUCAAUGGAUUGGACAUGAGGAGCUGUUCCCAUGAGAAGGUGGUGUCCAUGCUACAGGGAAGUGGGGCAAUGCCAAGCCUGGUGGUUGAAGAUGGCCCACCGGCCUUCACCAUGACUGAACCCGAACAGGUGGAGGUAUCUCCCCGAUCCCGUGCUCCUGUGCUCAGCUCCCUACAGUGGGUUGCUGAGAUCCUGCCUCCUAGUAUCCGUGUACAGGGCCGCACCUUCAGCCAGCAGCUUGAACACCUUCUCACACUCCAGGAGAGAUACACCAUCUGCAAGGCACUAGAAGCCUUUUUCCAGCAUAGAAAUGUAGACACCUUGAUUGUGGAUGUCUUCCCUGUGUUGGAUACGCCAGCAAAACAGGUGAUCUGGCAAUUUGUUUACCAGCUGUUGACCUAUGAGGAGCAAGAACACUGCCAGAAUAAGAUCUCUCGCUUUCUUGGAUAUAAAGUUACACUGCCAGCAGCAGAACCUGAACCUCCAGCCCAUGAGCCUCAUCGACGCAGCAGCUCCAUGAAGGUGACAGGAACCACCUACAGAAGCAGUGUGAGGGGACGCAGCUCAGAUGAUCUGGUUAUUGGCACUCACCUGGGGAUGGGGAUUUGCACUGAGCCAGUGGAGGCGGCUCCUAUGAGGCUGACACCUGGAGAGAGACAAUCUGGGGAUGGAACAUCCUUACCAGAAACGCCUAACAAUUUGACAAAUUUGUCAGCUGUGUAUGCCGAGCUGGAGAAUGUCUAUGCUGGGAAAAGAUCCAAAUCUCUGAAGAGUCGACCUCCUCCUGCUCCUGAUACUCUGGUUAGCGUGGAUGUCUUCCCUCACACUACCUCACAGUCUGUUAGGGCACACUCUUCUACUCCAUCUGUUCGCGCUACUUCAGGUAGUCGCAAAUCUGGAUCAGCACAACAUGUGCCUCCUCCUCCACCGCCACCUCCUCCAGAGCCUGACCCUUGGAUGCAGGAGACUCCUCUCAGUCCUCAGUGCCCCUGCUACCCCCCAGGUCUUCCUUCUCAAACCAGUGCUGAGUCCAAUCCCUACAUCAGUUUAGACAGUCCACCGCUCUCUCCACCCUCACCUCCUGACUACCCCCCUAGUCCACCCAUUCGGAAAAAGCGAUACACCUUCUCACGUCCGCCCCGUACAGCAGACACUGAUCUGUUCAUGGAGGCUCUAAGUGAACAGCUAGGACAGCAGUUAUCUGUGGAUGACUUCUUGUCACCGGAGAAUGACUAUGAAGAGGAUGUUGUCCAGAUGACUUUUCAGGACGAGGAAGAGGAGGUAGAGGUGGAUGAGGAAGAGGAGGAGGAGGAGGAAGAGGAGGAGGAGGAAGAGGGUCCGUACAUGCCUCCUGAGCUAAGCAGUCCGAGUGAAGUGCAUAGUAGUAGUGAGGAUGCCAGCUCUCUCACCUACUCCUCCAGCUCUGAGCACAUUCCUCCACCCCCUCUGACUCCUCCUCCCCCUCCCCCUGUCCAAUUCAAUGACCCCCCUCCACCUGCUGGGUUCACCCCAGAACAUGCACCUCGACAGCUGACAUUCCGUCGUCACCCUGGACCUCCUCCGCCACCUCCACCAAGAGCCAACCCACCUCCAAAGCGGCAGUCCAUUCACAAGGUAUUACCCACACGUGAUGAGCUAAUGAGCCAGCAACAACUCCUUCAGGAGCACCAUUCACUUCCAGUUCAACCAACAGCUGGCCAUCCUCAGCAGUCUCAGCAGCAGAUGCACCAAUCUUUACCUCCUAUGCCCUCUCCAGAAAUAAACCAGACAUCCAUCUCCGGUCAUGCAAUCUAUGAGAUGCAGUCUCAGGUCCAUCCAGCUCACCAGGUUCAUCAACAUCCCCAGAUGCAACAGGAUCACCAGAUGCACCAAUUUCAUCAACAUAAACGUCAUCAAUCUCAGUCGAUCAAAGUACACCACAGCCAUCGCUCACACCAGCCCAUACAGACUCAGCUCUCUAGCUCAAUGGAUAGGCUUGACAGGAUUGACCGAAAUCCAGAUAGACUUAUCUAUGAGAUGCAGCCCCAACCCCUUCACUCAGAUCAACAAGUGCAUCAUGCUUAUGAGAUGCACCAGAGUCAUCAGGCUCACCUUACAAGCUCCAUGGACAGACUUGACCGCUUGGAGCAGAUCCAGCACUUGGAACGCUUGGAGCGUAUGGAGCGGAUUGAGAGACUGGAGAGGGCAGAUAGACAAAUGCACCGGGCACACAUGGCUCAAGCUCUUUCUCAAGCUGUUCAACCACCUCAGCAGAGUCAGCAACAGUACAACCAGCAGCAGUACCAGAUGCAUCAAUCUAAUCAAGACUACCCACCGACCCAGCCUCCUCCACCAACCCGUCACAUUCACCAGAUUGAACACAUACACCAGGUCCAGCCCAUUCAGUCAGCUCCGCAAUACCACCAGAUCCAUCAGCCGCAUCAACCCCACCAGACCCAACAGAUUCUGUCUACCUUCCAGCCUCACCCUUCACAACUGCAGCAGCAACAACAACUGCUUCAGCAGCAGUUACAGCAGCAGCAGCAACAACAGCUUCAGCAACAGCAGCAACGUCAGCAGCAACAACAGCUUCAGCAGCUUGAGCAACAACAACAGCUUCAGCAGCUUGAGCAACAGCAACAGCUUCAGCAACAGCAGAUUCAGCAGCAACAAGCUCAGCAGCAACAACAGAUUCAGCAGCAACAACAGCAUCGCUCAACUCCGCAGAUACCUUCUGUUGCACAGGCUAGACAGAGCCCUCAACCCAUGUACCAUGAGCAUCGUCAUCACCACCACCACCGUAGCCACCAUGAAGCUCAGUCUCAAAUGCAACCACCAAUUUCACCCCAACCUCAAACUCACAACCCCACUGAAGGUUCCUCUGUGGAACCACCUCCACCACCCCCUUUACCCCCACCUUGCGUGCCUCCUCCACUACCAAAGGGCUCCCCUCAAAAAUCUGAUUCCAGUCAUAUGAGUGUAAAGCGGCUACGUUGGGAACAAGUGGAAAAUUCUGAAGGAACCAUUUGGGGACAGAUGGAAGAAGACUCUGAUUAUGACAAGCUGAGUGACAUGGUGAAAUAUCUAGACCUGGAGCUUCAUUUUGGUACACAAAAGACUCCUGUUGCUCUUCCAGAGCCCUCACCUCAGGUGGAGACUUUCAAAAAGAAAGAUGUGGUGGAGAUUCUUUCCCAUAAGAAAGCCUACAAUGCUUCAAUCUUGAUUGCCCAUCUGAAGCUGUCUCCAGGCGAGCUACGUCAGGUACUAAUGACAAUGUCAAGUGAACGUUUGGAGCCACCACAUAUCAAACAACUGCUCCUGUAUGCACCGGACGAUGAUGAGGUCAGACAGUACGAGCAGUACAGAAAUGACCCAGGCAAACUCAGCGAGCCCGAUCAGUUUGUCUUACAGAUGCUUUCAGUGCCAGAGUAUAAGACCCGCUUGAAAAGCCUGCAUUUUAAGACCACGCUGCAAGAGAAAACAGAGGAGAUGAGAGGGGCCUACGAUUGUGUUUUCAAGGCUUCACUGGAGCUCAAGAACAGCAAAAAACUUGCCAAGAUUCUGGAGUUUGUGCUGGCUAUGGGGAACUAUCUAAACAACGGCCAACCUAAGACUGGCAAAACAACUGGGUUUAAAAUCAAUUUCCUCACUGAACUCAGUACUACCAAAACAGUUGAUGGAAAAUCCACAUUUCUGCAUAUCCUGGUGAAGUCAUUGUGCCAGCACUUUCCUGAGGUUCUAGACUUUGGGAAGGAGCUAGUGAUGGUGCCACAAGCAGCUAAAGUGAAUCAGAGAAACAUCACCUCUGACUUUAAUGAUCUACAUGCCACAAUCCAGGACAUUCGUGUAGCCUGUCAGAAGAUGCCAGCCACUGCUGAGGACCGAUUUGCUGUUGUUAUGAGUGGGUUUCUGGAAAACAGUCACCCUGCAGUGCAGUCUCUGGAGUCUUUACAGCAGAGAGCGAUGGAGGAGUUCUGCAAAGUUGCAUCAUACUUUGGUGAGGAUGGAAAGACCACCACCACAGAGAAUUUCUUUGGUAUCUUCGCAGAGUUCAUUGCUAAAUUUGAGAGGACUUUGAGUGAUAUCCAGACCGAAAACCCUCCACGAAGCCCCAGGAGCCCUCGCGCCACCUCUCCUGUAGCCUGGUGAAGAAACCACCCACCAUGAGGCAAACACACUCGUACUGUACAAACAAACAUACAAGCUCACUUGCAUACACUCCUACAACUGUCAAGUCCAAUUUAGUGAUACUGUAGUCAGGUAUUUAAGGAGACAUGUACAAUGACAGUUUAAUGGAACAAGGGCAGUGAAUGGUGCAUAAAUGGUUUUAAACUA